GACCCAGGAGGUGAAAGCAACUCAGAGGGACUUGAAUCCACUGACUCGGGAUGAACUCAACCCAUCACCACAGAAUGCACACUUCUCUCCACUUCCGGAACCACAGCACCCACAGGGUGCCCAGCAAUGCCAGCGAGUCCCUCGGAAAGGGUUACUCCGAGGGGGGGUGCUACGAGCAACUCUUUGUCUCUCCUGAGGUGUUUGUGACUCUGGGUGUCAUCAGCUUGUUGGAGAAUAUCCUGGUGAUCGUGGCGAUAGCCAAGAACAAGAACCUGCACUCACCCAUGUACUUCUUCAUCUGUAGCCUGGCCGUGGCUGACAUGCUGGUGAGCGUCUCCAACGGCUCGGAAACUAUUGUCAUCACCCUGCUGAACAGUACAGACGCGCACGCACAGAGGUUCACGGUGGACAUUGACAAUGUCAUUGACUCGGUGAUCUGCAGCUCCUUGCUUGCAUCCAUUUGCAGCCUGCUUUCCAUCGCGGUGGACAGGUAUUUGACUAUCUUUUACGCUCUCCAGUACCAUAGCAUCAUGACGGCUAGGCGGGUGGGGGUCGUCCUCAGCUGCAUCUGGGCGGCGUGCACAGUUGCGGGCAUUUUGUUCAUCAUUUACUCAGACAGCAGCGUGGUCAUCAUCUGCCUCAUCAGCAUGUUCUUCACCAUGCUGGCUCUCAUGGCUUCUCUCUAUGUCCACAUGUUCCUCAUGGCCAGACUGCACAUGAAGAGGAUCGCUGUCCUCCCAGGCACGGGCACCAUCCGCCAAGGUGCCAACAUGAAGGGGGCGAUUACCUUGACCAUACUGAUCGGGGUCUUUGUGGUCUGCUGGGCCCCAUUCUUCCUCCAUUUAAUAUUCUACAUCUCGUGUCCCCAGAAUCCAUACUGUGUGUGCUUCAUGUCCCACUUUAACUUGUAUCUCAUACUGAUCAUGUGUAAUUCCAUCAUUGACCCCCUGAUUUAUGCACUCCGGAGCCAGGAGCUGAGGAAAACCUUCAAAGAGAUCAUCUGUUGCUAUCCUCUGGGAAGUCUCUGUGAUUUGUCUGGCAGAUAUUAAAUGGGG